ACUACCCUUCUCUUUCCUCUUCAGGACCAUCAAACACUCCUCCCGUGAGCGAAAGGUCCUAUCUUUCCCCACUCCUCCGCCACACCGCCACCGCCACCGCCACCGCCACUCAUGGCCUCUCCCGCCGACACGAGCAAAACCAAUAAACUCGAACGCUACAACUCCUACCUUCGCCGCCUUUCCAGCGCCAAGCUCCUCUCCGCCUCCUCCAAACUCCUCUUCCGCGCCACCCUCCUCGCCACCAUCUUCCUCAUCCUCCUCCUCAUCCUCCACUACCCUUUACCUCUCUCCAUCCAUUCUCCCUCCUCCUUCUCCUCGCCCCACCGCAGCCUCCUUACAUCCUUUCCCCCUUCCUUCUCCCCUUCCCUCUCUCGUCAAAUCCGCCUCUCAGCCACCCCUCGCCGCUCCUCCGGCCUCUCCGUCCUUGUCACUGGCGCCGCAGGUUUUAUCGGCACCCACUGCUCCCUGUCCCUCAAAAAACGCGGCGACGGCGUCGUCGGCCUCGACAACUUCAACUCCUACUACGACCCCUCCCUAAAACGCGCUCGUCAAGCCCUCUUAGCCCGUCACUCCAUCCUCAUCCUCGAAGCCGACCUCAACGACUCCCUUCUCCUCUCCCAUCUCUUCUCAUCCUACCCUUUCUCCCAUGUCCUCCACCUAGCCGCCCAAGCUGGCGUCCGCUACGCCGCCAAAAACCCCCAUUCGUACAUCUCCUCCAACGUCGCCGCCCUCGUCUCCCUCUUCGAAUCUGCCGCUAAAUCCGCCGACCCUCAACCCGCCAUCGUCUGGGCUUCUUCCUCCUCUGUUUACGGCCUCAAUAAAAAAUCCCCAUUUUCCGAAUCCGACCCCACCGACAACCCCGCCUCCCUCUACGCCGCCACCAAAAAAGCAGGCGAAGCCAUUGCCCACACUUACAACCACAUCUACGGCCUCUCCCUCACCGCCCUCCGCUUCUUCACCGUCUACGGCCCGAUGGGCCGACCCGACAUGGCUUACUUCUUCUUCACCAAAUCCAUCCUCGCCGGAAAACCCAUAACCAUCUUCCGCACCGCCGACGGCAAAGACGUCGCCCGCGACUUCACUUACAUUGACGACGUCGUCAAGGGCUGUCUCGGCGCUCUCGACACCGCCGAGAAGAGCACGGGUUCUCCCGGCGGCGGCCCGAAGUCCGGCCCCGCCCAACUCCGAACUUACAAUCUUGGCAAUACUUCCCCCGUCCCUGUCACAAAGCUAGUUUCCAUUCUCGAAGGCCUUCUUGGCGUCAAAGCCAAGAAGAACGUUGUAACGAUGCCGACUAACGGCGACGUGCCGUUUACCCACGCCAACGUCAGCCUCGCCGCCGGCGACUUCGGCUACCAUCCAACGACCGACCUCGCCGCGGGGCUGCGGAAGUUCGUCAGAUGGUACGUUCAUUACUACGGGAUCAAGCUUAAGCCCAGCAGCGGCCAGGCGGUGGCGGCGCAGAGGCUGUAAAUUAGCGAAACUGAGGAGGGCAUUUGUGCAAAUGUGAAAUAAUAUUUUAAGCCGUGUGUGUGUAUUUUGUCAUUAAAUUUUAUAGUUUUGAGAUUUGAGAUAUCAUAAGGAUUAGAAUGAAAAUAAAAAAAAUUAUUAAAAUAAAAGUUCCGGUAAAAGAUGAAAGGGGACGGAACGAAAGAAAGAUGAAGUCCUUACCUCUUCUUUUACUUUUGUAUUAAACUGUUGUAAUUGUGAAGGAUUUGGAGGUGUUAAAUGAAAAUUUAUGGUUAAUACUUAAUAGUGCCCAGGAUGCAAAUCUUGCGGCUUUUUAGCA